GCCAACUAAAUACAUACGUGCUUCACUUUGAGGCCAGCUCAUAUCUCAUCUCUAAGUGGUGAACAGAGGUCGAAACUAUAAGUUUGCGUAAAGGGAGGGAGCAUAGCUAAUCUCAGACCCCACCUUGGUAUCCAAUGGCAGCCACUAACCUCUAGCGUCCACGGUGUUUCACAAUUAUUCCGGUAACAUAAAAUAUCAAUCCUUGUCACGUAUAUUUUUUUUUGUUCACCUAAUAAUUCAUUCAAAAGGGUUAAACCGGGUUCGGUACAAAACCACUAAAAGCUUGUUUAGCGAAACCGUCUUCCCAGACAAGGUUCUCACGAUGACGAAAUCGAAAGCAAAUAUCAUCAAAGUACGAAGCAAGCAAAUGGAUAUCAGAAAUAGUUCCAUGAAGACCGGAGAAAUCCUUGUCACGUAUCUACCGACUACAAAUUUUAGCUGAAUAAAUAUCAUUUAUGAUCUAAACAAAUGUUUGUUUUGAUGAUCUGAAUAAAUGAUUUCUAUUAUAGUGUGAGGAUAAAUGGUUUGAUCAUUUCCUUGUAUCCAAUUAGUACAAACCCCAUAAAAAAUCAUUUUUUUAUCCGACGAUUGCAUGAAUCAUACACGUACUACAAUUUGGAAACGUUUGACAAAAUGUUCAAAAAAACGUUUCCAAGAAAAGAAAGAAAGAUAGUUGAAACUGAUGAUUGAAAUGUUUGGCUUUGAACCUAAAACCAGAGUGUCUGUUUUACUUCUCUCUCUAUCAAAUUCGAUCAAAGAGUUUGAGAAUCCAAUCUAAACUCAAAUGGAUCCGUGCUCUUUCGUACGGAUCAUAGUCGGAAACUUGGCCGUUAGGUUUCCGGCUUCUUCGUCUUCCGAACCGUCUGUUUCAGCUCCAAAUUGCUACUGCAAAAUCAGAUUCAAGAACUUUCCUCGCCAGAUCAUUUCUGUUCCGGUUAUCUUCCAAACCGAAUCUGAAUCCGAGAGUCGUUCCUCCAGUACUGUCGCUGCUUGCUUCAGUUUAAGCAAAGCUCAGAUAGAUGCUUCUUUGAAGAAGACUAAGUUCAGCGUCCUCUCCGUCGAGACUUAUUUACGCGGUGAUGUCGUUAGCGGCGCGUCGUGUGGACUCGCUCCCGCGAGUGAGAAGUUACUCGGACGAUUCGAGGUUUCGCUGGAUUUGAAAGCGGCGGAGACGAAAACGUGUGCGGCACACAAGGGAUGGGUUGCCUUGAGAUCCAAGAAAGGGAGGAAUAAAGCUGAAUCCGAUCCGGAGCUCCAUGUUAGCGUACGGGUUGAACCCGACCCGAGAUUCGUGUUUCAAUUCGACGGCGAGCCGGAGUGCAGCCCUCAGGUUUUCCAAGUACAAGGAAACACGAAACAAGCGGUGUUCACUUGCAAGUUCGCCGCGAGGAGUUGCAUAUCGUCGGAAAAGGAACAACAGUCCAAAGAGAGAAAAGGUUGGUCCAUAACGGUUCAUGGUCUCUCCGGCUCACCGAUAGCGAUGGCUUCCAUGCUCACACCUUUCGUUCCAUCACCCGGCUCGAACCGCGUGACCAAAUCAAGUCCCGGCGCGUGGCUUAUUCUCCGACCCGACGGUUGCACGUGGAAGCCAUGGGGACGGCUAGAAGCAUGGCGUGAAGCUGGUUACUCCGAGAAACUCGGUUACAGCUUCGAGCUCUUACAAGACGGAGUCGCCACUGCCGUCUCCGCUUCCUCAUCAAUCAGUUUGAAAAAUGGCGGGAGUUUUGUAAUAGACGUUACCGGCGGGACAACCACGGCGGUCUCUACGCCGACAACGAGUCCUUAUGGAAGCUGUGAUCUCGGGUCUAGAUCUAGCUCCGGGUCGAGAUCAGGAUCCGGGUCGGAUUUUGGAUACCUACUGCCGCAGCAUCCGGCGCAAAACAGAGGGUUUGUUAUGUCGGCUUCGGUGGAAGGAGUUGGGAAACGGAGCAAACCAGAGUUGGAAGUCGGUGUGACGCACGUAACAUGCACGGAGGAUGCAGCAGCGCACGUGCUGUUAGCUGCGGCGGUAGAUCUCAGUUUGGACGCUUGCAAGCUGUUUUCUCAUAAGCUAAGGAAAGAGUUAAGACAGCAAAGCCAGCUUGGUGUCGUUUGACGUUUGACCAAUUCAUGAAUUGUCUUCUAGA